GAUGGGAGAAAAAUGAAGCGCGAGGAUUGGCAUAUACGACCGUAGGAAUGUGGUUGAUGACAAGGGCCAUGGUUUUCCUGCCAGACAUGUAAAAUUUUGCAGAGUAUUCCUCUACUUUUUAUACGAAGUACAGAGGAAUACUCACAUUGGCAAACAAUGGUUCCACCAACUGAUUCUCAAAUUCAAUCUCCUCCAAGAGUUCAAAGAAAAAAACCCUCAAACAUUAAUAAAAUGCCUAAUAGAAGCCAAGUAGAAUCACGUUUAAAUCAAAUUAGGGAUUAUAUCAGAGUUACAUCAACUAUGAUGGAUUCACUUAAUCAAUCCAGUGAUCCAAAUGCUGAAUACAAUAGACAGAAUGCAGAAGAAAAUGGUGAUGUCAGUAGAGAUAUGCAGCUACGUAAGAAAAUGGAGGAAUCACAAAGAAUACUUUCACAACUACAGGAACAUCAAGCCAGCUUGGUGGGAAUGCAAUUACGGGUUAGAGAAAAAUUAAACGAAGCACGGCAAGCGCAACAAGCUCUUUUACAACAAGAAAAUCAGAAUUCAAUCAGGGUGGCACUACCAAUGCCCAUGCAUGUUGAGCAACUUGCAUCUGAAACAGCUGCAUUAAAAGGAAAAUUAGCUCAACUUCAAACAAAGAAAAAAAAUAUGGUUCAUCUUGUAGCAGAAUUACAAGCUGUAGAAAUAUCUGAUAGAGGGAGUUGUGAUUCUGAAGCUCAGAGGAAUUUUAUAAGAGAUAAAGCUGCAGAAUUAGAAGCUAUGGAAGCAGAACUUGUUCAUUUGAAAUCGUUAAUGGAUGAAGCAACAAAAGUACGCGAAUCUCUCGAUUCUAAUUCCGAUGCUGAACCCGAAUUAGAUGUUAAUGGUGAAAUUGCAGCUGAUAUGGACGGCAACGAAGAUGAACAUGGAACAAAUAUUUCAUUAGAACGUCAAAGUGAUAUUGAUGAAGCAAGUCAUGAAAAAAUUAGAAACACUGGAGAUAGGCCAAGUGUUGAAGAAAUUCAGGCGGUCACUCGAGAACUUCGAGAACAAUCAGCUUUGUUACAAAUUACCAGGGCAGAAUUACAACGAAUAAGGCAACCAUUGUCAACAAUGCAUUCUAAUUCUACAUCUGUAUUUCAAAGUUCAACUCCUUCUCCAGCACUCACAACAUCAAUUAGUUCAGUAAAGAAACUAAGUAAUAAUAGCAGUUAUGAAGUUCAAUCUCUGCAAGGACGAAGACGACAAAUUGAUGAUAUUGUGCGGAAGGAUUCAUCUCAAGCAUCUUGUAUGAAUCGUGACAUAGGAAGACCACCUGAUUUAAAUAGUCACAGAAGUUCCAUUUCACACAUUAGUGAUAUAAGUACACCUGCUAAUGUUUGGCCACCUCCAACAAUGAUAGGUGGAUCGAAUGAUCAAAGCGUAGAUGGAGUAUCUUCCGAAAAUUUAAUGGAUAUUGGACCUCAAGCAAUGGCAGUCGAAAAUGGAUUUAGUGGAACUUGGUGGACAACUCCAACGCCACCGUUAAAUCGGUUACAGCACGGUUCAGCGGAGUUUUAUCGACAAUUAUUGUUAGGUUCCCAAGCUCAACAACUUCAAAUGAUGGGAACUACAAUACAACAGUGUUGUCAAUUAUUGUGGUCUCAACAACGUGAAUUAGAGGCUAUGCGUACAGCUAUAUCUCAAUUAGAAGUUCAUCUGAGACAAACACAACCACAACAGCAAAACGAUAGUGAGAAUAACGAUGAAUAUUCUAAUUUAAGUCGCAAUGUUCAUCAUCUUGGAGAAACAUUAGAUUCUGCAUUGCCACCAAGUUCAUCUUUACCAAAUCUGAUGUCAUUACCAAAUUCUUCUCCAGCGUUAUCUCACGUUGUUGCAACAUCUUCUGUUAAUUCGCAGCAUCAACAGCAGCAAUUGAAUAAUCAAGUUCCUCCUGGGAAUAGAGCAAACAACUACUGGGACAAUUUCAGAAGUUAUUCUAGACAAAACUUACUCUCGGGAAGUGUAAAAACAAUGACCGAUACUACUUCAGGAUCUAUUGCAAAUGCAGCUUCUGGAAAUAAUGUAUCAAGUGUUAAUACUUCUCUUAUGAAGGACAAACUCAAUCGGGAUCAAGGAGCCGAUAAUAUACCCCCACCUCCAUUGAGUGGAGUAGAAUCACAAUGUUCUUCCAACUUGCAAUUACAAUCUAAUUUGCAGCAACAGGAAUGCGAAAAUACUGUUAUACGUAGCAAUAUUUUAACAAAUGAAGUAUCUCAACAGCAAGUUGAUAAUAUUUGGGAAGAAACACAUUCAUCAUUUCGAUUACCAUCUGUAGUAAAUGACGAUAAUCCAUUUCAAAAUUUAAGCUCCGAAUUGAAAGAAGAACUAAGUUCACUUAUUUCUAUCAAUAAAGUACGACCAGACUAUCUGGUUAUUAUAUUAAGAGAAAUUCAAGCAAUAAGCAGAGAUCGCAGAUUGCGUUCUCGUUUGUGGAGAACAUUACGUGUUUUACAAGGUGCACGGAUUUUAAGAAAUCCAUUGAAUAAAACAACUGAUCCAACUGUCAGUGAAAGCUGGCAGACUAGUGAUGAAGAUUCUGAGGUAGAUGUACUAAUCGGUUUGACACCAGUAAAACAUCCUGCAGCAGAUUUAGUCGUAUCAUCACAAGCAGGCACUUCUUCAUCACCUACUGUACAUGUAUCCUUAUUAGAUCAUUUGUAUUUACCUGGUAUUCAUUUAGCUAAUUCUGCAAGUGUUUUACCUUUAACAUCUUCUACUAAAUCAGGUUACAAUGAAGAUCUGGCAGAAGCAGAUCAAUCAAGACCUGAAUCUUCUGGUAAUCAACAGAUUCCCGAUAACCAGGAAGAGAAUGAACAGGAUCAAGGUGAAGACAGUUGUCGAACUGCUGAAGCAAAAUUUGAUGAAAAUGAUUUGGAGAGUUUAGCUGCAAAAGCUGAAGAUGAGAGACAUGAAGUUAAUGCAAUGAUAUUCUGAACUUGAAUAUCAUUAAAAAGCAUCUUUAGUUGUAUUUAUAUUAAUUGAACAUAUCUUUUGUUUGUUAUACAUAUUUUGUAAUUGAAUUGUGAUGACAU